GGCAGCUUCAUCUCCAGCUCAGAUCCGGGAAUGAGCCUCUGCGGGGUCUGUGUCCUGUAUUUAAACCGCACCCGCUCCUUUUGCACCAUGCCCACAGUGCGCACAGUGCCCACAUUGCGCAAAGUGCCAGGGGGCUCGGGCGCACGUGUUGGGUGAAGAAACGAGGAUUUUUCUGCAGGAUUUCUCUUCGUGGGACGUCAAGGUGGCAGAUCUGUUAUCAUAGGUUUGGAGUGAAUUUGCUAAUCCGAUGUGGUAACAGUUGUGGCGGCAGUAGGCGGAUCACCGGACCACUGCUAUACCACGGUAACCUGCUGAGGACGGCGAUGUGCGCAACAGUCUGGCCCCUGGUUUUGCUGCUCUCUCUGCUGGUUCUGGCCGUAUCCCAGACUUUAGCUGUGGUGACUGCUUCUCCUUCUCCCAUCACUCAAGUGGGCCAGUCUCUUAACCUAAGCUGCAGCAUCACCACCACCGCCGGCGACACCAUCCACCAAGUCCGCUGGCUCAAAGACAAAUCCACCCUGCUAGCAUACCAGCCCGGCUCUCCCGUCCACGUUAGCCACCAGGAUCCCAACAUUCUCCUCAGCUCUGCACAACACGAGGCGAGCCACAUCACUAUAAAAACAGUGCGGCCGGAGGAUGAGGGCUGCUUCCUCUGCAUAUUCGAUGUGUAUCCACGCGGUCAGCAACAAGGAAAGGCCUGCGUUAAAGUCACUGGUAAAGUCAUCCACCAAAGCAACACAACAACAAUAGCUGGGACGCUAACCACUCUGCCAUGCUCCUACACGUUACCAGCGAGAGUUCAUCAAGUUCUGUGGAGAAGGAUCAACCAGAGCGGGCACUCGACCACGCUGGGGUCUUAUUCCAAACUCUCGCUUCACAGAACAGAUCGAGUGACUUUGAAUAAAAAUCUGUCGCAUUCGCAGCUGUCGAUACAAGAAGCGACGCUGGAGGAUGAGUCGUGUUACGUUUGUGAGUUUCAUACGUAUCCAGACGGGACGAAGAGCGCGACGACCUGCCUCACGGUCGAUGUUUUACCAACGCCAAAGGUGAACUACGAGACCCUCCCGUCCGGUGCCGUAGAAGCCAACUGCAGCGCUCAAUCCAAACCUUCAGUCCACAUCGAGUGGGACUUCGGGGGCGACAAUCGGACACUAGGACUCCCUGUGUACUCCUCCCGUAACCAUAGCGACGGCACGACCACACAGACGAGCACAGUGUUAUUAAAAGCAGCGUCGCUCAGUGACGUCAAGUGCAUCGUCCAUCAUCCCAGACUGGAAAAACCUAUUGUGGUUUCGCUAACAAAUGACAAUUCAGCGUUGAUCGUGCUCGUGGCAGUGUGCGUGGUGCUGGUUGUGUUGCUGCUCUGUCUGUGUUUCUGCCUCUGCAAGUGUUUUGUCUGCAAUAAAGACUGACUUGGACGUCAUUUUGAGCUCCCCACCUCGCACAACAACCACUGCACCCAGACAACAGACGAGAUGAGACGAGAUCUGUGGAAACCAACACUCACACACCUACAUCACCUCAACUUCACAGAACUAGCUUUACUUUAUUUUUAAAGACGUAGAAGGCUUGUUUAAAUUGAAUAACGCCCAUGAUGCUGGUGUGAGUAAGUUUAGAGAGGUUAUUUUAGCUUUUACAGCGUAGACAGUAAAAGGCAGCGGCUGACAUUUGUGGUUGAAGCUUGUGUAAGGAUGGGACGUGCUGUCAUAUGGGUGUAUACAGCUGACAUAACAAUGAACUCGCUAACACUACAUUACAAUUUAUAUUUGCAAACCAAGCCCUAAUAUUAUUUAUGUAAAGCAUUAGCUAAAACCAUAU